UUCGGACUGGUACUGUGUGUUGCUAUGCAGUUGCUAGGUCGUUCUAAGUUAGUUUUAACCACUGAUCUAUAUAUGACAGAUCAGUGGUUUUAACACGUGAUAACUUUAACCACUGAUGUUGUUAUGUUUUGAAAAAAUGUUUUGUUCUAACUUCUGCAUGCGACCUAAUGACGUCACAAAUAGAAUUGUCGCCAGCAUAUAAAAAGCGCGACUCUUUAUUCUUGCUCACUUUGUAGGUUUUAAGUAGUUGGGUAUCAAAGUACUAUAAACGUACACCAGUAAACUGUGUAAAAAUGGGCCUAUUAAGAAAGGCACUGAAUCAUCUAAGGACUUUGUUAAAGAGGAAGUCUGUACAAGAACCCCAACCCCAUCCUGAUCAGGAUAAUGAGACGCCUGCUGGGGCUUGUGCGGCUGAUGGUGGUAGUGAGGCGAGGACAGAAAAGAAUACGAGAAAAAGGAAGAGGUUUUGGAGGUGGCACUUAAGAAGAAAAAAGUACAGUGUCGCUAAGGCUGAGAAGCUGAACCAGACUUCUGUACUGGGAACAGGAACAUAUCGGAGUCAUAGUCAAGGCCUCAAGGAACUGAUCCCCACUGCUGAAUACACUGAAGACGUCCUCCGACCUGCGAUCCUGGACACAUCAGUGUGGUCAUCAGCAGAUAAAGACACUGACUCUCCAGUGUGUCUGUCAGCAGAUGGCAGCUUUGACUCUGCAGUGACCUCCGCAACACACAGUGCCAUUGCCUGUGCAGUAGCAGAUGAGGACAUUGCCUCUGCAGGGAGUCUCAUAGUACAUCAGGACGUUACCUCUGCUGUGAGACCCAAAGCAAAGAGGGACAUUGCCUGUGCAGUCAGUCCCAAAGCAGAGAGGGAUGUUGCCUGUGCAGUGCGUCCUAAAGUAGAUGGGGGCAUUGCCUGUGCAAUGCGUCCCCAACCAGACAAGGGCUUUGCUACUGCAGGGCGUUUCAAAGUAGACAAGGGCAAUACCUCUACAGGGUGUCCCAAAGUAGACAUGGCUAUUGCCUCUAAAGGUCGUGUAGGGAUUGUCUCUGCAAGGCAUCCUGAAGUAGAUUGGGGCAUUGCCAGUGCUGUGCAUACUCAAGUAGACUCCGUUCCAUCAGGAGAGCUGGACAAAGAUCAUAUUUGUUGGCGGUACAAAUUUGGUGGCAGGCUGGGUGAAGGAGGAUUUGGAUCAGUUCGAAAAGGGACUCGCUAUAAGGAUGGUCUUAAGGUGGCUGUGAAAUAUGUCCAAAAGACGAAACGUACGACAUAUGUCAGCACUGCUUUUCACCCCAAACCUCUUCCUUUAGAGAUUGCGUUGGCAGUCAUCAUCAACAGGAAACCCAACUGUCCACAUAUAAUUGAAAUGCUGGACUGGCAGGAUGACCCAGACUACUACCUUAUAGUCAUGGAGCGCCCCGUGCCAAGCAUGGAUAUGGGAAAAUUUCUGAAAUGCACUGGAGGUUUCCUCAGCGAGCAGAUAGCACAGUACCUCAUGUGGCAAGUAAUUUAUGCCGCUAACUACUGCUGCUAUCGUGGCAUUUUCCAUCGCGACAUCAAGCUGGAAAACGUACUCGUGAACCCGACAACUUUGGAGAUCAAAUUGAUCGACUUUGGGUGUGGGGACCUCGUGAAGGAUUCAGGCUACAGCGCCUGCUGUGGUACAAAACCAUACUUCCCUCCAGAAUAUCAUGACAGAGGCAGAUAUCAUGCAAAGCCUGCGACAGUGUAUUCAUUAGGGGUGCUCCUGUUUGCAAUGCUGCAUGGGCGUUUUCCAACAGCCAGAGACUUGUACUGCUUGGGCAGCAACAAGUCUGUAUUUGCGCUGUCACAAGAAUGCAUCCAUUUUUUGUGGGCUUGUCUGCAGCGUCAUCCAGAGCACAGGAUUCCCCUGGAGCUGAUGCUUUACCAUGAAUGGUUUGUGUUGGGUUUUCCCAAUCCUCUACCAAUUAACCGGAAUGCAUCUAAACAGCAUUCAUGUCAUCGAUGAGAAGUACAGUAGGUUUAUACUGUCAGUGUUGUUUCUGGCAAGAUGACAUGAGGGGCCUUUCCAUGCCUCGGCUUAGGCCUUAUUACUAUCAUUAUCAUGUAUUUAGAGAUGCAUGUAUAUUUUUUUUAAAGUAGUUUUAUACUUUUUCAAUUUAAAAUAUUUAUUAUAACAUCCCUCCACAUAGGCCUUAUUACAGACUUAGGGAUGUUAAAAUAUUGUAUAUUAUAUAUACUGUGAAUAGAUUUUUACUUUUUAUAUUUAAAAUAUUUGUCAUAACAUCCCUCCACUUACAGUAGGCCUUAUUACAGACUUAGGGAUGUUAA